GCGCUUCCGUGUUUACACCCCGCGGAGAGGCGGCCGCUGGAAUAACACAAGUCAAACGUUCAGCAGCUGGGAGAGUGGCGGCAUAUAGGACACCGACUGAAUGGUAAAAGGGCUUCAAAAUUGACUUUCACAGCGGAAUGUUUACUCGAAGGGGUUAUGGAGACGUCAAGAAAUCUACACAGAAAGUUCUGGACCCAAAGAAGGAUGUUUUAACCCGCUUGAAGCAUCUCCGGUCACUCUUAGAUAUUACUGAAAGACAAGAACUGAAGAGUUUUUUCGAGGCCAACUGCUCGCAGAUUUAUUUUAUCUUCUAUGAAAAUUUUGUUACACUGGAAAGUAACUUGAAACAAAAAGGGAACAAAUCUCAACGGGAGGAGCUGGACUCCAUCCUCUUUAUUUUUGAAAAAAUACUUCAACUGCUACCAGAGAAAAUCAACAGUCGAUGGCAGUUCCACAGUAUAGGUUCUAUUCUAAAGAAACUAUUACACACUGCCAACUCUUUCAAGAUCCGCUGUGAGGGCAUGCGGCUGUUCCUGCUCUGGCUACAGGCUCUGCAGACAAACUGCGCUGAAGAGCAGUUGCUCAUCUUUGCUUGCCUGGUGCCCGGUUUCCCCGCAGUUCUCUCUUCCAGAGGUCCCUGCACACUAGACACCAUCAUCUACAGCCCCUUCUCCAAUCCUCCUGAUGCCAAGAUCGUACCCGAGGAGAUUACCCCUCUGGUGCCUGCUGUUCCUGGGGAGAAGGCUGUAGAUGAUCAGACUUGCUACAUUCUUCAAACUGUACUGAAGUUUAUGGUGGUCCAGGCAUCCAGUCUGGAAUGGCACAAGAAGGACAAACAGGACUCAGGCUUCAGGUUUCUCUUUGCCCUUUUUAAGAAGUACUACCUGCCACACCUCUUUCCUUCAUUCACCAAGCUCACCAACCUCUAUAAGCCAUUGUUAGACCUCCCCCACCACCGACCGAAGCCUCUAUAUGUGCGGGUUUCACGCAACAGCGAGAGCACAUUCUGCACACGUGAUCAGUACCUAGCCCCCCGUGUAGCCUUCAUCACCUGGCUGGUCAACUUCUUCCUGGAGAAGAAGUAUGUGAGCUCAGCUACAACCAGCACUAAGAAUGGAGGAGAAGUUCUUCCCAAGAUCAUCCAGACUGUAACUGCAGGCAGUAGCAGUCAGGAGAAGAGUAGCGAGUCGGAGCCCAAUGGGCCGGCGGAGCAGGAGAAAAACCACUCGAACAGCAGCACACUGUCUGACCGCAGAGGCAGCAACUCCAGUCUGUGUAGCAUUGAGGAGGAGCACCGCUCCGUUUACGACAUGGUGCACUGCAUUCUGCUCUCUACACGAGACAACGUCAACUUUGUCAACGAGGUUUUCCACCAGGCCUUCCUGCUGCCGUCCUGUGAGGCGUCAGCCACCCGUAAGGUGAUUAAAGUGUACAGGAAAUGGAUUCUGCAGGAUAGGCCCAACUUCAUGACUGAGCCUGAAAAGACAGAUCAUGAUGAGGAGACAGAGGCGGCACAGCAACCCAUUGAGACUGACAGUACACACCACUCACAGGAGAGCCAUGGGCACAAGAGAUCAUCCAGCUGGGGGCGAACUUACUCCUUCAGCAGUGCCAUCAGCAGAGGGUGUCUGACUGAGGAACAGAACCAUGAUGUGAAAGCUGGCAUUCAGCCUACCCUACAGGUUUUCCUGACAAACUCUUCUAACGUGUUCCUGUUGGAGCCUUGUCAUGAUGUGCCCAAACUGCUUGAGAACCAAGUGGAGGUGUGCAGGGCCGUGCUCAGUAUCUACCGCCACAUGAUUAUGGAGCACAGCAUGAACCGACAGACCUGGGAACAGAUGCUGCAAGUUCUGCUGAGAAUCACUGAAGCAGUCAUGAAGAGGUCACAGGAUGACCAAAGAAAAGACGCUUUUGCCCAGAGCCUGGCUAGUGUCCUCUUCAGAACCAUCAUUGUAGCGUGGGUGCGAGCCAAUCUCAGUGUGUUCAUCUCUCGUGAGCUGUGGGACGACCUGCUGGCAGUGCUGUCCUCUCUCAGCCACUGGGAGGAGCUGGUGAUCGAGUGGGCCAGCAUCAUGGACUCCCUGACCGUCGUGCUGGCCCGUUGCGUCUAUGGCCUGGACCUCAACAACCUUCCACUUGACAAGCUCUCUGAGCAAAAAGAAAAGAAACAGCGGGGCCGAGGAGUGAUGCAGGAUUCUCAGAAAUCAUCAGUGGUAGCGAGGUCAUUCUCUCUGAGUUGGAGGAAUGCAGGAGAGCAAGCUGGCGCUCAGGAGCCCAUGCGCAUCCGCAGUGCCACCACCACCGGAGCUCCUGCUGUGGAGAAGGCUCGCAAUAACGUCCGACAGAAAGCAUCAGCUAAGCGAAGCCAGUCUAUCAGCAACUGUGUGCAUCUGUAUGAAGCUUUGCCGGCCACCAAGAGUGUGCCAAUGCUGCUGCACACUGUCAGCUCUUUCUUGCCUGGUAUCUCUCACAACUCUCAUUGCUCUCACAGACUCUCAGAUGUUGAAGAAUGUCAGUUGUCUGAAUGUGGAGGAGAAGGAGAGAUGGGAGAGGGAGACAAUCCCCUCCCUCGCAGCAGCAGCACCUCGGAUAUUACCCAGCAACUCACGGACUCCUUCCCAGGUCAAAACAGGGAGGACUCUCCAAAUGCAAGCUAUUCUGAUGGCAGAUCCUGGGUAUGUGACAACAGCUCAGUAGGCAAGAGGGAAACACCCACGAUUCUGGUGCGGCGGAGCAGCAGUCCUGGAGAUAUUGACUACCCAGGAGAGACAGGGUCUGUGAAUGCAAGGACAAAGAUCCGGGAGAAAAGCGAGAGUGUGAGCAGCGAGACCUCAAACUCCUACCUGAAUGACGCUGACGUAAAUCUCCUGACGUGGCAAGCCGUGGAGGAGGAGCAAGACUCUUCCUCUGCCAAUGACGUCAGUGUGAGCGUUAACAUGGGAAUGACCACUGAUACAGAGAGCCAGAGGAGUCUACUGCUGAGUCAGAGUGAGGCACUGGCAGGUUCUGAGUGUGUCCACUCGCUCCACUCUGCCCCUCUGUCCCCAUGUCCCCCCGUUUCUCCCACCCUGCUCCUGCCCCAGGGUUACAGUGACGGCCCUCAGCUCCUGGAGGACGCCAUGCACAUGCCUCAUGACCUGGACAGCAGCGAGUUUCUGGCUGAUGACAUCAGCAUCAUCGCCGGUGGCUGUUUGACUGGCUGGCAUGCUGACUCUGCCUUUGUACUCUGGAGGAGGAUUCUGGGCAUUCUGGGGGAUGUUAACAACAUCCGGUGCCCUCGAAUCCAUGCCAAAGUCUUCGGCUACCUGUAUGAGCUCUGGCACAAGUUGGCCAAGAUAAGAGAUAACCUGGGGAUCAAUGUGGAUAACCAGUCAGCUCUGCCCACAACACUGUUCAUUCCUCCGCUUCGAAUGUUAGCUUCCUGGCUUUUCAAGGCCACCAUGCUGCCUGCAGAGUUUAAGAGUGGGAAACUGCAGGCUUAUAGGCUGAUCUGUGAGAUGAUGACUAAACAUCAGGAUGUGCCACCCAACAGUGACUUCCUGGUACAUCUCUACCACGUCAUGCACAAGGGCUUCACUAGUGAUGAUCAGGAUGUGCUGAACACAAUGAUCAGGUGGUGCUCGCCACGAUUCUUCUUCCUUGGCAUGCCUGGCUUCACCAUGUUGGUCGGGGACUUCAUCACUGCUGCUGCUCGUGUCCUCAACUCGGACAACUCAGAGUCUCCAAGGAUUGAAGCUCAAACAGUGCUCGGCUCUCUGGUCUGCUUCCCCAACCUGUACCAGCAGAUGCCUUCACUGCAGUCUGCACCAAAAUCUCAGGAUAUUAUGGUUGGCAAAGAUGACUUGAAGGACUACCUUGUAAACAUCCUGCUGAAGACAGCACGUAAUGAGCCAAGUGAAGGAGCCAGGUGUGUUGCUAUCUGCAGUCUGGGGCUCUGGGUGUGUGAGGAGCUGGGGCAACAGAAGAUACACCAUCAAGUAAAUGAUGCCAUUAAUGUGCUUGGUGUCACUUUAAAGUUUGGCAAUAAGGUUGUGGCUCAUGUAGCCUGCGACAUCUUCCAGCUGUUGAUCUGUCACUGGCAGCACCUGCAGAAACUGGAGCAGUCCCUUCCUAAAAGAAUAAUUGAAAUCUUUGUAGCAACGAUAGCAUUCCUUCUGCCCAGUGCCGAGCACUCUACAGUCGAGGCAGAUAAAAAGUUAAUGGUAUCCUUGCUGCUCUGCUUGCUUGACUGGUGCAUGACCGUCCCUCUGUCCAUCUUACUGGAGCCCAUCACCAUGCCUAUGCUGGAUGACCCUGCCUCUCACAAAACACCCCUGUUGGACUACAUAUACAGGGUGCUCCACUGUUGUGUAUCCGGCUCUAACCUGCACACACAGCAGAGCCACUACCUCCUGAGUCUGGCAGAUCUGUCUACAGACUAUGACCCCUUCCUGACACUAGGCCAGGUCAAGAACUCUGAGCCACCACCUAUGCACAACAGCACAGGGGAAUUUGGCAACCUUCUCACAGUGGCUGAGGAAAAGAAAAGAAGGAACAUGGAGUUGAUUCCUCUGACAGCUAGAAUGAUAAUGACGCACCUCGUCAACCAUUUGGGCCACCAACCCCUCAGCGGCGGCCCUGCACUACUGCACAGCAUGGUUAACGAAAACCAUGACAACCCUUACGUGGAGUCGUCUGAACUGUCCUCAGAGGUCUUCAAGAGCCCCAACCUGCAGCUCUUUGUUUUCAACGAAAGCACACUCGUGUCUUACCUGCAGAUUCCCUCUGAUCCCAUGUCUCUCUCUAGCACAAACUCCAAAGAGAACUCAUCUGAGGUGCGAGUGAUUGUGCGGGACAUCUCUGGGAAGUACUCAUGGGAUGGCAGUGUUCUUUACAAGACUUUAGACAGGACGAACUUGCACUGUAGCAGCACUGGGGAUGAGCCUUCACACCACCACACUAACUAUUCAUCCGCUUCCUCCAAGCAGACCUCAUCUCAUGCGAGUAGAUGCUCAUCAGAGCUGGAGGUUGAGGAUAGUGUGGAUGUGUUGGACCAGCUUCUGGAGGAAUUGGGCCACAGCAGUCCUGAGUGCCUGCCUCAGCCUCAGCAGAGACUCACACAACCAGCUCCAGCACCCGUGGGUAUGACCGCAGACAUGGAGGGUGCCAUCAUGGAGGCCAUUCACAGACAAGCACAGCAGGAAGAGGAGGAGCUCACCUGCAGACGAAAUGAAGAUCCGAGUGUGAAAGCUGCCAGUCAAAGAGAGCCCAUUCACCAGGAGCCCAAAGCACCGUUCUAUUUCUGCCGCCUUCUGCUCAAUGAGCUUGGCAUGAACUCCUGGGACCGCAGAAAAAGCUUUCAUCUCCUGAAGAAGAACUCAAAGCUCUUAAGAGAACUGAAGAAUUUGGAUUCGAGGCAGUGUCGAGAGACGCACAAAAUUGCUGUGUUCUAUAUUGGUGAAGGCCAGGAGGAUAAGUGCUCUAUAUUGUCCAAUACUGAGGGCAGCCAAGCGUACGAGGACUUUGUCUCUGGACUUGGAUGGGAGGUGGACCUGGCUACUCACUGUGGGUUCAUGGGAGGUUUGCAGAGGAACGGCAGCACGGGAAACACUGCGCCGUACUACGCUACCUCAAACGUGGAGGUCAUCUUUCACGUGUCCACUCGUAUGCCCUCUGACUCAGAUGACUCUAUCACUAAAAAGCUUCGUCAUCUGGGAAACGAUGAAGUGCACAUUGUGUGGUCAGAGCACACGCGGGACUACCGGCGGGGCAUCAUCCCUACUGACUUUGGAGACGUGCUCAUCAUCAUCUACCCCAUGAAGAACCACAUGUUCUUUAUUCAGAUCAUGAAGAAACCACAGGUCCCUUUCUUUGGCCCUCUGUUUGAUGGAGCAAUAGUUACAGGGACACUGCUGCCAAGUCUCGUACGGUCCACAUGCAUCAACGCCAGCAGAGCAGUGAAGUCUCGACUGACGCUCUACCAGAGCUUCUAUGAGGAGCGGGCUCUCUAUCUGGAGGCCAUCAUUCUGAACCACAAGGAAAACCUGACCUUUGAGGAUUUUGCUGCCCAGGUCUUCUCACCCUCCCCCACCUACUACCCAAUGAGUGGGACAGGCUCCCUCACUGGCAGCACGAGUGCUGAACUAAGUGUUACUGUGACGACCAGCGAGUCCACCGAGCAAGCUUCACCCACCAUGCCACGCGCCUCCAAGAACCGGGUUUCAGGAAAACUCCGGCGCUCGGCCAGCGCCAUCAGCAAGUCCUCCAACUGAGCUCCUCUUUUAACAAAUAAGCACUCAUCAACCCUCUUCAGACUGCGGAGAACUUAAAACUGUGCUGUGUGUGUGUGUGUGUGUGCGCGCAUGUGUGUAUGCCUGAGAGUAGUCUUCUUCUUGUCACUUCUAACUGGAUUUUUUUGAUUGUUUAGUUUCGGUAGCACUGGGAGAUGAGACAAUGUCACAUUAGUGCAAUGCUUCUCUAAGGUUGAGUUCUCACACCGAGUGGCAUCUGUGUGUGGCGUCCCUUUUUUUGCUGGAGUAAGUGUAGACAUCUAUGAAUGUUGACUCUAAUGCACAUAACGUAAACUUCCAAAAAGAGGUGUGUAACAUCAUUGCUCUGAAACAUGUUGAACUGUGGAACAUGAAUAUAGAAACAGAUUUCUUCACUGACUCUAACAUAGGCAACAAAGCAGCCUUUUCACAAAACUUCUGUGAUGUCACCUUAGACAAUACCAUAUGUGAAUCUCCUUUACCCCGAAGCUCCUAAUGUCUUAAACACUGAAAGGUUAAGAAAUUACAAAGCCAUUAAGAGGAGGGUAGUGAAUGUGUGCAGACCACUUUUGUCUUUUGUGGUUCUCCACUGACCAUUCACUCCUUUUCUUUAGAAAGAAAAAAGGGACAUUGUCAUAGGUGUUUAAAAGCAGUUUGUCAUGUUAAAGAGGUCCUUUAUAAGAGCUACAUCAAAUUUUCAUAUCUCAAGUUUCAAACUUGCAUUAUUCUUUUGUGAAAAUAGCCUACUUUAUCAGAGUGGACAGCCUGUGUGGUCUUUUUAAGAUGGGCUGACUUGGAAAGGCUGUUUUUUGUUUGUGCUAUCAUUUACUUUUUAAAUUAUUGGUAUAACAGUUUUAUGUCUGAUUUAUGUAAUCAUGCUGGUCUGCAACUAUAAUUGUGUUUGUAUAUGUGUAUUUGUUCUAAUGACUCUGUUCAUAAUCUAUAAAUUAAGUCCUGUUUUGGUCUUGUAAUGCUACUAUGACAUUCCAAUAUUUCAUACAGGGGUGUUAUUGCACUCACAUGUGGUGUUUCUUUCUUUCUUUCUAUAAUUCUUGGAUGUACAUAUUUUUGAAUUUUUAUUUGCUAUGUUUUUUGUUUCAUAUUGUAUAUACAGCAUAAUAUCCUCCAUCAGAAUUAUGCUCUGUUCCUGACCACAUGCUAAAUUGCCACCGGAGCCUCAGGUGAAUCUUCACUCCAUGUACUGGUGUGUGUGUGUGAGUGUGUGAGUGCAUGUGUGUGCAUGUGUAUGUGUGCAUUUGUGUGUGUUGAGGGGUGGGAUUCGGACAACUUUUGAAAGCUAACAGUGCCUGUGUAAUACCUGUUCAUAUUUCUGCUCCCUACAAGCUGCGAUCAGUCGCUCUUCCUCACCUCUCUGUUCUGACACCUUUUGUCUUUCCUGUUUUGGAAGAAGUUGCUGAGUGUAACUCUUCUCUAUAGCUGCAGAGCAGAGGGUUUCGGGGAUAAUCCCAUACAUUUCACUGCUUUGUAAGAGCUGCUUUCUUCUGAUUGGCUUCUGAAUGGCAGUCCUCCUCCACCUGCUCCACUUCAUUCCCCUGUGCCACUCUGAGUCGCCUUUACCAUACCAGCAGGGAAAUAGGACACAUGGCAGCACCUCUUUCUCUCCCACACACACACACACUCUUUCCUUUCUUUCUUUCCACACCCCCAAAAAUCCUCCCUCUCUCUAUAGCAGGCGGCAACCUGGUGCUGCCAACUCCAUGACACCUACCCUCUGUUCCCCUAGUGCCCUAGCCGAGUUGCCAUGGAGGCCAGGUGUUACACACUCUGUAAGCCCCGCCCAAGCUGCAGCAGGACACAUGCUGCACGACUUUGCCUUACCUGUACACCUUUCUAUUGUGUUUGUGUUACCCUCUUGUACUGAUACUUUUUUUUGUCCUACACGCACUGAUAAGGAACAUAGGAGAUCUUUAAUCUUGAAUGAAGAAUACUGAGGAAUGUAUACAAACCACAGCCCUAUUCCAAGUCACAAACACAAACCCGGCCAUUUGAAGUUUCUCUGAACUAUGAGCGCUGCCUCGUGUGAUCAGCCUUAUAGUGCACACACUAUUUCCUGUAGGUUGGUAUGGUUACUAUGUAGGUUUCACUGGUGUUUGGUUUUAAGGUGCUGAUGUGGUUUGUGCCAGGGAUCUGUCCUACUGCAACUGGCCUAAUUUAAGUGAAGUGUCAUCUGUGUUUAUGCUACAUUUAGUUGUUGUUCUUGUACAUUGUGUCCUUUGUGAGGGCUCCAAAUCCUGAAGGAUAUAAAUAUAUUAAUGCCUGUAAUAUAAUCUUUGUAAAAGACAUUGAAAAAAAAUCUUGAAGAUUUCAUCAUGACUUGUUAACAUAUCAGACUGUUUUUAAUGGAAAAAUAAUCAUUCUAUCUUUACUAGGAAAGUGAAAUCAGAACAUUUCAUUAAAUCAGAAUGAGAUUUACAAA